AUGAAAAUUUUUAGUUUAAAUUUUUCGGAUUAAGAAAUGGAACAUGAAUAUUAGAAGGAAAUUACAAGCAUAUAUAAAAAUUAUUAAAAAACUCAAAAAUGGAUUGUUUUGCCUUUGGUAGUAUUUCAGAUUUCUAUAAAAAUAAUGAGAGAGGAUUGGCUUUUAUUAACAGUGUUAUUAUUAUGUAGUUUACUUUAUGCUUUAAACCUAAAAUGUGCUUCCUCAUCAAACAGAUAUUUCAAAGACUUAUUGCUGUUUAUGUCAUUAGUCUUGUAUAACUUUUUCUUCCCAUAUAAUUCAGUAUUUUAAAAGAAAGAAUUGUAACUCUAAACAUAUUCUUUGGAUGGAUAUUUUCAAGCUUUAACAAUUUUGGCGUAUGAAUUAGUAUAAAAUAAAUAGUUUAAUGAAUACACUAAGCUAUUCCAAGAAGUAAUUGAUCCUAGUAGUAAUUUUCACAUUUCAAAUUACACUAUUUAGAAAUCCAAAUAUUUAAUUGUGGGAAUAAGUAGUUUUGCAUAUAUUUGAAUUAUGCAUUUACAUACACUAUUGUUAUUGCUUUGAGAAUUUCAGGAGAAAAAUAUUUAUUUAAGCAAAUACUUAAAAAAUUUUAGAAGAUAACAUCCAAACUUAUAAUGAUAUUGAAAGUUUUAUUAUCAGUUAUAAUCCACCUAAGAAUAAGCUAAUAUUAAUGUAAAAAAAUAGAUAGCAACAAAUUACAGAAUAAAUUCAGGAUGAGUUUAUUGAUAAAAUAAGAAAUACUAAAGUCUCAUCAUAUGAUUCAAAAAGAAGAUUUACUUAAUUUACUUCAUAAGAGGUAUUAGAAAAUUAAGCUAACAUGACAUUAGAGAAUUUUUUAUUUUAUGAAUUCACAAAUAAAAAGAAAUAUAUUAUGCAUCUAAUUCAUUAAUCUGAACAAAAUAAUUCUUAUUUAUUGAAGGGAUUUCUGUAUUAAGAAAGCUACACAAUUAAAGUAGUGAAAUUAUAUUAAGACAAACCUUGUGCUUUAGUUUUAUUAAUGGAAAAUAAGAAAGAUAAUGUUAUUGAUCAACUUAAUUUAAGGAAUAAAAUAGCAAUGAAAGCAUUAGAUUAGAUUGGAGAUGUGUUUAGAGAAUAUGUAAAACCUAGUUUAAUUUCAUUCUAAUGGAUUUAUAAUAACAAAUAGAAAAAUAAAAAUAUUGUAUUCAUUAAUAAAUUAUUAAGAAAAGUAAAUAGCAAUUUAUUGAGAUGUUAUAAUGAUUUUUCAAAUAUUCAGGAUUACUUUAGUAUAAACAAAGAAUUUUAACGCUGUUUAAUUCAGAAAUUUGACAUUAAAGAAUUUAUUGAGUAGAUUUACUAACAUGUGGUAAGAUUUUUUGGAGAUGAUAAAGGAAUAUUUUUCACAAUAGAUUGCAAAAUUCCAGAUACAUAUGUAAGACAAGAUUAGAGAUAAUUGAAGCAAUUAUUCUUAAACUUAUUUUUUUUUAUUUUAGAGAAACAAUCAGGAUCUAAAAAUAAUCAUCAUAAUUAUGUACAUAUCACUUUAGUCUAAGAGAAGGAUGAAUCCAAUUAAUAAAUGUCAAUCAAAAUAAGGAUUGAUUAUGAAGGUCAUCAUUUAAGUAAAGCUGCAAUAAAUAGUUUACCAAUUAUCAAUCCUUAAACCAUUGGAGAAUUAAAGCAUAAUAGUUAAAAGGCCUUUGACUUGUUAUUACCAAUAUCAUUGUUAAUUAUUCGAAAGAUUGGACCACAUGAUAAAUUAACCCUAAAACAAAAUAGAAUGAAUAGAAACUUUAUGGAGUUUUAAAUAUUUAAUGCUCUUGAAGAGAAUUAUCAUCUAUUGCCUAUAAUUUCAUUUUAUCCUAAAGACAAUAUUCUAACAACAUCAAGUUUGGCGAAGCAUUACUCUGAGUACUUUGAUUAGGUUCCAAUCGUGUAAUUAAAUUCGAUUCAGGAAUUCUGA